AUGUCUGCUGAAGUUGUUGAUCCUGCCCCAAAGCGCCACCAUAAACGUACCUUCACUGGAUACGCGAAACAUAUCAUCAAGAAAGAACAAGCUAAAUGGUCAAAAGAAACUUUAGCUUUAUGGGAAAAGUAUGGCGUUGGAGAGUCCGAUGAUAAGGAAGCUAUUCAAAAAUCAUUUAUUCGUCACGUUACUACAACGCUUGCUAGAUCAAUGUUCAAUAUCGAUAAUUUUAGUGCAUAUCAAGCAACUGCUCACACCGUUCGAGAUAGAUUAAUUCAAAGAUGGAAUGAUACACAACAGACCUAUACUGAAGUCGACCCUAAACGUGUAUAUUAUUUAUCUUUGGAAUUCUUGUUGGGAAGAUCUUUAGAUAAUGCUCUUCUCAACUUGGGAUUAAAAGAAAGUUGUGGAGGUUUCAGGAUGGAAGAUAUUCUCGAUCAAGAAGUCGACGCUGCACUCGGUAAUGGUGGUCUUGGUCGUCUUGCCGCUUGCUAUAUGGAUUCCUUAGCUUCUUUGGAUUAUCCUGCUUGGGGUUAUGGUCUUAGAUACACUUAUGGUAUCUUUCAACAAAGGUUAAAGGACGGCUAUCAAGUCGAAUUUCCGGAUUAUUGGCUUAACUUUGAUAAUCCAUGGGAAUUGCCUCGUCUCGAUAUUGUCAUUGAUGUUCAAUUCUGUGGUUCUGUAAGUCGUUAUACUGAUGAAAAUGAACGCGUUCGACACGUUUGGGAAGGUACUGAAAUAGUUCAAGCUAUUGCAUAUGAUGUUCCCAUUCCAGGAUAUGGUACCAAGAAUUGCAUCAAUAUCCGUCUAUGGAGUAGUAAACCAGAACGUCAAUUUGAUCUUAACCGAUUUAACGAAGGUCAAUAUGAACAGGCUGUCCAAGAACAAAUGAAAGCUGAAAACAUAACUGCUGUAUUGUAUCCUAACGACAAUCACAUGGUUGGCAAGGAAUUACGUCUUAAACAACAGUAUUUCUGGGUUGCUGCUAACACUCAUCCAACACUUGCUAUUGUCGAACUUCAAAGAAUAUUGGUCGAUCUUGAAGGACUUGACUGGGAUGAUGCAUGGGGCAUUGUCACCCGAACAUUUGCUUUCACAAAUCACACUAUUCUUCCCGAAGCUAUGGAAAGAUGGCCAGUUCCCAUGGUGUCAUAUUUGUUGCCAAGACAUAUGCAGAUCAUUUUCGAUAUCAAUUUAUUCUUCUUACAAAAAGUUGAAAAGGCUUAUCCAAAUGAUCGUGAAAUGUUAGCCAAAUUAUCUAUUAUUGAGGAAUCAUCACCACAAUUCGUGAGAAUGGCACAUCUUGCUAUCGUUGGCUCACAUCGUGUCAAUGGUAUUUUCAAAGAUUUCGUUGGUUUUUAUGGUGAUAAAAAAUUCGAAAACAAGACAAACGGUAUUACUCCUCGCAGAUGGUUACAUCAGGCAAAUCCUAAAUUAAGUAAUUUAAUAACUGAGGCCUUGGGGAAUAAAGAUUGGUUAAAGAACCUUUACUUAUUGAAAGGACUUGAAAAAUGUGUUGGUGAUAAAACUUUCAGAAAACGUUGGGUUACUGUUAAACAUUCAAACAAGGUUCGUCUGGCUGAUUACAUCAAUAAAUGUACUGGAAUUAAUGUAAAUCCAAAUGCUUUAUUUGACGUUCAAGUUAAAAGAAUUCACGAAUAUAAGAGACAAUUUAUGAAUAUCUUGAGUGUUAUUCACCGUUAUAAUAUAUUGAAAAAGAUGGACACAAAAGAACGAGCCAAAGCUGUUCCUCGAGUUGUCAUUUUUGGAGGAAAGGCGGCUCCUGGUUAUUACAUUGCAAAAUUGGUGAUUAAAUUGAUAAAUAGUGUUGCCCAAGUUGUGAACAAAGACAUUUCAAUCGAAAACACCUUGAAGGUUGUUUUUAUACCCGAUUAUAAUGUCUCGGUUGCCGAAAUUAUUAUUCCAGCCUCGGACAUUUCACAACAUAUUUCGACAGCCGGUACAGAAGCUUCCGGUACCAGUAACAUGAAAUUUGUUUUAAAUGGAGGUUUAAUUCUCGGCACAGUUGACGGUGCUAAUAUUGAAAUUCAUGAAGAAAUUGGAGACGAUAACAUUUUCAUGUUUGGACAUUUGGCUGAUAGAGUCGAUGACUUGAGACAUGCGCAUAGAUACCGUAACGUACCAAUGGAUCCUGCUUUACAAGCGAUAGUAAACGACAUUGAAUCAGGUCACUUUGGUGAUUCGCGUAUUUUUGCACCUUUAAUCAAUACACUGACUCACGGUAAAGACUAUUAUCUAAUCUCUGAUGAUUUCGAGUCUUAUCUUAAUGCACAAAAUUUGGUGGAUGAAGCUUAUAAAGAUCAAGAAGGAUGGUCAAAAAAGAGUAUCUUGUGUGCUGCAAAUAUGGGCAAAUUCUCAUCAGAAGAAAGAGAAGAUAAUUUUUAG